AUGACUGACAUCUACCAAAGAAACAAUCUCUUCUCGGUUGAUGGCCUUGUGGCUGUCCAGNGAAUUGGCCUCAUGAUGACAAAAGCCCUCGCAGCCAACGGAGCAAAAAAAGUCUACAUCAUCGGUCGCCGCAAAGCGGUACUCGAGGAAGCCGCUGCCUACAAUUCCACCGUGAUCAUCCCCGUCGUGGGCGAUGUAACUUCAAAAGACACCUUGAAAGCCAUUGCCUCGCGCAUCGAAUCAGAGACCGGAUAUAUCAAUCUCUUGGUCUGUAACAGCGGUGCAAUGGGUCCUUCUUCAGGCGUCAACAAUCGCGAAGUCAGCAUUGCCGAAUAUGCAGCUGCAGCCAUGAACCAAUCCUGGGAUGAUGUGACAUCAACAUUUAAUAUCAAUGUCACAGCUGUGCUGUUUACCGCAUAUGCCUUUUUGGAGUUGUUGGAUAAGGGCAAUAAGAACCCGGUAGCGCCCAAGACCAAGAGUCAGAUCUUGGUUACGGGAAGUAUUGCUGGGUUUAGCAAGCAGCCUAACCAAUCGAUGGCGUACAAAGCGAGUAAGGCGGCGGUCAUGCAUCUGGCUAAGAACUUGUCGAGUGAACUGUGGCCUUUUGAUAUCAGGUGCAAUGCCCUUGCACCCGGCCGUAAGUUGCUUGUCUCUCCUGGAACGCCAACUUUUGUACUGAUAUUCGGCUAUANNGUGUUCCCAUCAGAAUUGGCGACGAGUUUAAUCUCCAACUCAAAAGCCGAUCCAAGAGAGGAAGGAUCGUUCGACAAGUCGUAUAUCCCAGCUGAGAGAACGGGCGCUGAAGAAGACAUGGCCGGAACCAUUCUGUACAUCGCUUCUAGGGCGGGUGCCUACUUGAAUGGUAACAUUCUAAUGAUUGAUGGAGGACGUCUGAAUAUUAUGCCAAACUCAUACUAG